AUGAGUCACACAAUUCUCCUUGUUCAGUUCUCCGACAGGAAGGACUCUCGCACCUACAUCGACUACGAGUCCCUGCCGCUGGCGCUUGACGGUGUUUGCCAGCUGUACGAACAGGCGCUGAAGGCGACCAACCCGCAACUGAAAAACAUCACUUACGAUGUGAAUGACUUGUUCUCGUACAUUGACUCGCUUCGAGACAUGUGCGCUCUCGUGCAGGACCGCCAGUCCAACUGCUACAUUCCGCGCGACAAGCAGUGGAUAAAGGACCAGGCCUUCAAGCACCUGAAGAAGCAGGCACACGUAUAA